AUGUCUGUUUUCUCUUUAGACGCCAAACAAGGAAAUCCUGUGACCACAGGAACACUUGAUGGCCUUUGCGCUCAGCUAGGAGUCCGAAUUGAAGAUCAUGAAAAGGAAGAUUAUCGUCGUUUGUUGGCUGUGUUUCAUGAUGCAAGCGAACAACUGAUGGGCAUGGAAGACUACAUUCCCGUGGUGAAUGAAGACAGAUUCUCUAGAGAGAACAUUCACUUUCCCCAAAAGCAUGACAACCCAUACGGUGCUUGGGCUUGGAAAUGUACUGUCAUCGACAAGCAAGCCAAAGGCGGUAAGCUUCAUGGCAAAACAUUCGUUCUCAAAGACAAUGUUGCUCUGAAGGGAGUUCCAAUGCUCCUAGGCACCAAUUUCAUCACAGACUAUACACCAGACUGCGAUGCCACUGUCACAACACGAAUCCUGGAAGCUGGUGGGACGAUCCUCGGGAAAGCCGUCUGUGAGAACAUGUGCCAUAGUGCUACAAGUCAUUCCUCAGGAACUGGUAUAGUCGAGAAUCCAAUCGCAAAAGGCUACAGCUCUGGUGGUAGCUCGAGUGGAUCAGGUGUUCUUGUUGCUCUUGGUGAAUGCGACGGAGCCAUUGGAGCAGACCAAGGUGGCAGUAUCCGUGUUCCGGCUGCCAACUGUGGUAUCGUCGGACUGAAACCAACAUUUGGUUUAGUACCUUAUACUGGCAGUGGCUCGAAUGAACCUACUAAUGAUCAUCUUGGCCCAAUGACUCGAACGGUCCUUGAAAAUGCCAUCUUCCUCGAGGCUAUUGCUGGUAGCGACAACAUCGAUGAUCGCUCGUUUGCUGCACCAUACCCUUCCAAGAUCCCAGAAUACAGUCUGAUAGCGAAUCUGCCAAUGGAUAAGCCACUGACGGGCAAAAGACUCGCUGUCAUCAGAGAAUCUUUGUCUUUGCCGGCCUUAGAUCCUCGCGUAAUCGACACUUUCAAAGCCGCUGUUGCUAGAUUCGAAGAACUCGGCGCGACAGUCGAUAAGAUCUCCAUCCCGAUUCAUUCGAAAGGCGCCGCCAUCUGGACCGGCAUCUCGAAAGUAGGAGGAUAUCUUGCAAAGACAUCUGGUUCGUUCGGAAGACGAGGUCACCAGAUGUUGACUCUUAAUUCAAAACUCCAUCCAAUGGGUCAGGACAACUGGGACAAUGCAUACGUUUCGACUAAGAACAUCUACCUCAAUGGUCUCUAUGCUGUGCAGAACUUCCCUCUUCUGCUAGCCAAGGCAACAAAUCUGUCUCGCCAAUUGCGAGAUGCGUAUGACGCAGCACUCAAAAACUACGAUAUCUUACUCACUCCUACACUGCCGUAUGUGGCAACCAGUCAUGCUGCAGCAGACGCUACACCAAUCGAGCAAAUCACAAAGCAGAUUGGCUUGACCACGAACACUGCACCGUUCAAUCAGAGCGGACAUCCUGUACUAGCGAUGCCGAUUGGAAUGCUAGAAGUUCUGGAAGGACCGGGUGUGGAGGCGAAGGUGAAGCUUCCUGUGAGCAUGCAAGUCAUCGGAAAGUGGUGGGAUGAAAUGUCGGUGUUUGAGACCGCAUAUGCUUGGGAGAGGGCUAAUGACUGGAGAGAGAUGUAA